AUGAGGGGGAGUUCGGUGGGGUUGUGUUUCCUUGCUUUGACUAUAGCCCAUGUCACUGAGAUCCAAGCUGGACUGGUCAGCAACCAUGUGAGCAGCAUCUGUAGCACAUGGGGCAGGGAGCAUUUUAAGACGUUCGAUGGUGAUGUGUACCAGUUUCCUGGCAUGUGUGAAUACAACCUGGUCUCUGACUGCCAUGACACCUUCCCAGAGUUCUCUGUGCACAUGAAGAGGAAGGAAAACGAUGGAAACCCGACAGUCAGUUAUGUGGUGGUCACCAUCAGCGAUUUUGUAUUUCACCUCAGCAAGGAUGUGGUCACUGUGAACGACCUGCCUGUCAAACUUCCACACUACCAGGCCGGAGUACAAGUGGAAAGAAAUGCAGUCUACAUCAAGCUCCAGUCCAAAGUUGGCAUCAUUGUCAUGUGGAACCUUGAUGACGCAGUCAUGGUGGAAAUUGAUAAUGAUUACACUAACCGCACUUGUGGACUUUGUGGAGAUUUUAACGGUGUUCCAGUCUACAAUGAGUUCCUCCUUGAUGGUCGCAAAAUCAGCCCCACUGAGUUUGGUAACAUACAUAAAGUCCAUCGUCCAAAUGAUGAUUGUGAGGACCCAUAUGAAGAGGAAGAUGUGUCACAGGAAGCUAUGAAUGUGCCAGAGUCAUGCAAAGAGUUUCAAAACACCUGUGAAGAGAUGCUGCAUGCUGAAACCUGGAGCUCCUGCACCAAACUGAUUGACCCUGACCCUUACAUUCAGGCCUGUGUGCAGGACAUGUGUGGCUGUACCAACCAUUCAGAUGACUUUUGUGUCUGCAGCACACUCUCUGAGUUCUCUCGACAGUGUUCCCAUGCAGGAGGGGAGCCUCCCAACUGGAGGACUUCUGAGUUCUGUGCCAAACAGUGCCCAUUCAACAUGGUUUAUGAAGAGAGUGGAUCCCCUUGUGUGGAUACCUGCACGCAUCAAGACACAAGCUCAUUCUGUGAAGACCACAAAAUGGACGGCUGCUUCUGUCCUCCUGGAACCGUGUUCGAUGACAUUUCCAUGAGGGGGUGUAUUGCUCAGUCUGAAUGCCAGUGCAAGCAUGGAAAAAUCUAUGAAUCUGGUGAAGUUUACAGACAGGAGCGAGAGGAAUGCACGUGUUUUGAGGGUAGAUGGGCUUGUGAAAGUCUUUCAACACCUUCUACGUGUGCGGUUGAAGAAGGUUCACAUUUAACCACCUUUGAUGGGAAAGACUUCACCUUCCACGGAGACUGUUACUACACCCUGGCCAAGGUGGAAAGAAAGGAUGAUGCAAGCCCUAAGUUUACCAUUCUGGUCCAACUGGUACCAUGUACACACCAAGAGUAUGACACUUGUCUGAAGACCAUCAAAAUCCUGCUGAACAAUGACAGAAACAAUGUGUUAACAUUCACUGCUGAUGGCACAGUAAAGCAGAAUAUGCAGAUUAUCAGUUUGCCGCACUACACAGUGGAUAUCAGUAUAUUCCACGCUUCAUCCUUUCACAUCAUCCUCCAGACCAGUUUUGGUUUGCAAAUUCAGAUCCAACAUGUGCCCCUCAUGCAAGUUUAUGUCAGCCUGGAGCAGAGCUACAGAGAAAAGACACGCGGUUUAUGUGGGAACUACAACAUGGUCCUGUCUGAUGACAUGAACACUCGUCAGGGAAUUGUGGAGGGAAGUGCAGCAGCUUUUAGUAACUCCUGGAGGGCUAGCUAUAUAUGCCAAGACAGAGAAGACAGACUUGAUGACCCUUGUUCUCUCAGUAUGGAAAAUGAAAUGUAUGCCAAACACUGGUGCAGCUUGCUACGACAGCCAAAUAGUACCUUUGCAGAGUGCCAUUCUGUGGUGGAUCCUGAGAUUUACUACAAGCGAUGUACUUAUGCUAGCUGUAACUGUGAGAAGAGCGAGGACUGCCUGUGUGCUGUUUUCUCCUCCUAUGCCAGAGCUUGUGCAUCAAAGGGAGUGUUCUUGACAGACUGGAGAGAGAAUGUGUGCGACAAAUACACCAAGAACUGCCCAGAAUCUCAGACCUUCUCUUACAAACAUCAGAGAUGCCAACUGACUUGCAGAUCAUUGAGCUUAAAGCAGCAGAGCUGCACCUCUGAUUUCUUGCCUGUGGAUGGCUGUUCCUGCGCUGAGGGUCACUACCUAGAUGACAACGGCAUCUGUGUCCCAGUGGCAAAGUGUCCCUGUUACCAUAAUAAUGUCUACAUUAGGUCAGGCAAGUCCAUCAGCAUCAACAACGAGCGCUGCGUAUGCACCAACGGAGUUCUUCAUUGCCAUUCUGAAGGAACCCACAUGUCAACUUGCCCUUCUCCUAAACAAUACUUCAACUGCUCCACUGCAAGCGCAGGAGAUGUUGGAGUGCAGUGUGCUCGAACUUGUUUAAAUCUGGACAAUGAUGUUUGUGAUGCCACUGAGUGUGAAUCUGGUUGUCGGUGUCCCAGUGGCCUCCUUGAUGAUGGUAAAGGUUUCUGUGUGAAAGAAAGUGACUGUCCAUGCAAAUAUGAAGGCCAUCUCUAUGCCUCUGGAACACGAAUGCCAAACCUGUGCAACACCUGUAUCUGCCAAAGUGGAAACUGGGUGUGUACAAAGAAAAAAUGUCCAGCAACUUGCUUUAUUUAUGGAAGUGGUCACUACACUACAUUUGAUCAGAAAACAUAUGCGUUUCAAGGACAGUGUGGCUAUAUUGCUGUAAAGAACAACUGUGGCAAUAAAACAGUGCACAACAACUUUUUCAGAGUUAUCACUGAAAAUACACCUUGUGGCUCUACGGGCACCACCUGCCCUAAAGAAAUCAGAAUUCAGCUGGGAGGAACACAAAUUACAUUAUCAAAGGGAAGAUUUAAAAAGGAUUAUCUGGGACAUGGACCUCAGAUCGAGUGUAGAAUAUGGGAGCUUGGCUUGUAUGUGGUUAUAGAAUCUGACAUCGGUGUGGUAGUGAUCUGGGAUCGCAAAGCAGCUGUUGUGAUCCUGCUGGAACCAGUGCACAGCGGAGAGGUGUGUGGCCUGUGUGGAAAUUUUGAUGGUGAUGGACAGAAUGACUACACCACCCAGGGUCAGCUGGUGGUAAACAAUCUACUUGAAUUUGCAAAUAGCUGGAAAGAGUCUAGCUCUUGUCCAGAUGUGGAGGAGAACAUUGAUCCUUGCGCAGUAGCACCCGGUCGACAUCACUGGGCAAACAAGAUGUGUAGGAUCAUAAUUGGAGAAACAUUUAAAGAAUGCCACCAAAAGGUUAGCCCCUUUCCAUUUUAUGAAAACUGCAUGAAAGACUCAUGUGCCUGUGACACUGGAGGAGACUGUGAAUGUUUCUGCACAGCAGUUGCAGCUUAUGCUCAGGCUUGCAAUGAGCAUGAUGUUUGCAUUGAUUGGAGAACUCCAGAGAUCUGUCCUGUCUAUUGUGACUACUACAAUGACCCAACAGAAUGCAUUUGGCACUAUCAUCCUUGCCACCCUCCGUGCUACAAAACCUGUUUGAAUCCAGAAGGUGUAUGUCCAAAUCCAAUACUCAACCUGGAAGGCUGUUACCCUGUAUGCCCAGAACAUAAGCCCAUAUUUGAUGAGAAAAACAAAAAAUGUGUGGAUAUAUGUCCAUCUUCAACGACACCUCCCACUACCACUACCAAAACUAUAAUUAUACCUCCAACUACAAUUACUACCACAACUACACCUCCUACUACAACAACUACACCCACUCCUACAACUACCACAAGUACAAACACAAUAACCAUGACUACUUGCCUUCCAAGUCCCAAAUGUGAGUGGUCAGAGUGGUAUGAUGUGGAUGAUCCAAUGGACAAAAGUGACUGGGAAACAUAUAAAAACAUCACAUACAGUAAUAAAACAAUAUGUGAAAAUAUUCAGAAUAUUGAGUGUAGAGCAGUAUUGUACCCGGACAAAACCUUUGAUGACUUUGUGAAUGAAACUAAACAAAGUGUUACUUGUGAACUGGACAUUGGUUUAAUAUGUAGAGGAGAGGACCAGAAAGAGCCUCCAAGAAAGUGUUUUGACUACGAGAUCAGGGUAUGUUGUGAGAUAUGUUCAACCACAACUACAUCUCCUACUACCACCACAACUACAACUACCACCACGACUCCAACUACCACCACCACCACUACCACGACUCCAACUACUACCACAACUCCAACUACCACCACUACAACCACAACUACAACUACCACCACAACUACAACUACCACCACAUCUACAACUACCACGACUCCAACUACAACUACCACAACUCCAACUACCACCACGACUACAACUACAACUACCACCACGACUACAACUACCACCACAUCUACAACUACCACAACUCCAACUACGACUACCACCACGACUCCAACUACCACCACGACUCCAACUACCACCACAUCUACAACUACCACGACUACAACUACUACCACAACUCCAACCACAACUACCACCACGACUCCAACUACCACCUCCUCCACAUCUCCAAAUACAACUAUAACCGCAACAACAAAGAAAGUGGACUGCCCUGACUGGGGUGUUUCGAAAAAUGAGAUCUUUGAAUUGUGUGAAUGCAUAUUGGCCAGAUGCAUAGAGAACAGAACAGUAGAAAUUCUUCCAUAUGAAUGUCCACCUCUUAAAAACAUAACUUGCACCAAUGGAAUGGAACCAGUUCUGGAGUAUGACAUCUGCUUUUGUCCAUACUAUGCUUGUGAUUGUGUAUGUGAAGGGUGGGGAGAUCCUCAUUACAGCACAUUUGAUGGACUUUACUACAGUUAUCAAGGAGAGUGUACUUAUGUCUUAAUGGAAGAAAGGAAUUCAACGUAUAACUUAAGUAUUUACAUUGAUAAUGAGUUUUGUGAUCCCAUUGAAGAUGUUUCUUGUCCACGAUCGUUAACAGUAUCAUAUGAAUCACAAAACAUCACACUUAUUAAUACUAAUCAUGAUCUUCUUGGAGCUGUACAGUUGGAGGCACUGAAAAAUAAAGCACGUUUGAAACUACCUUAUAAAGAGGAUGUUGAAAUCGUGAAUUCAGGUCUUAAACUGAUUUUAGAGAUUCCUAAACUAAAAGUGGUUAUUGAAUUUGGAAUAGUUGGCUUCAGGGUAUUCCUUCCAUUCAAGUACUUUGGCAAUAAUACACAGGGCCAUUGUGGAACAUGCAACAAUAACCAGGCUGAUGACUGCAUGUCGCGUGAAGCUAAGCUGGUGGAAAGCUGUGCAGUGAUGGCUGACUCUUGGUUUGUUAACACCUCUGACAACACCACGUGCACAGCACCACGUGCACAACCAAUCAGUGCCCAAUCAUGCAAAUCAGACCCCGUGUGUGAUCUGCUUAAUACUAAUCUCUUCGCAGAGUGCCAUCCGUUUGUCUCUCCAGAAAAUUUCUACAAAGGCUGUGUUUUUGAUAGCUGUCAUGCUUCAAAUGAAAAACUGAAGUGCACAAGUUUACAGACUUAUGCUGCAGCCUGUGCUCAGGCUGGAGUUUGCAUUCACUGGAGGAACCACACCACAGUGUGUGCUGGUGAAUGCCCAUUAGGGAAGGUUUACAAGCCUUGUGGUCCUGCAGAACAGCCAACCUGUGAAGACGAUGGACCAACUAUAAACUACACUACUGAGGGCUGCUUUUGUCCUGAUGGAAUGAAACUCUUCAACCAGAAGUCUGGAAUAUGUGUUGAAAAAUGUGGAUGUCUUGAUCCUGAGGGCAUUCCUCGUGAGUUCAAUGAAAGAUUUGAGUACAAAUGCCAGGACUGCAUCUGUGACGAAUCCACCAAGUCUGUGACUUGCAAGCCUAAAGUGUGCCCACCAUCAGCCACUACAAACUGCUCUGCUCCUGGGUUUGUCCUUGUCAACCAGAACAGUCCAUCCGACCCCUGCUGUUCUACCUAUGUUUGCCAGUGUCAACCUGACACCUGCCCAGUCACCCAUAUGAACUGUCAAAUUGGACAUAAGACAGUUGUUGGGCUUCCUGAUGGAAAAUGCUGUGCAGAACAUAAAUGUGAACCUAAAAGAGUUUGUGUUCACAGAGCAACUGAAUACCAGCCUGGUUCUUCAGUUCCUGUGAAGCCAUGCCAGCAUUGUACGUGUGCCAAUGAAAUUGACCCCAAAUCUCGUCUAUUACAAAUAAUUUGCGUGGAUCAAAAAUGUAAAAAAAGCUGUGAUGUGGGAUAUGAAUAUGUGGAAAGUGAUUCUGAUGAAUGCUGCGGGAAGUGUGUACAGACACACUGUGUUGUCAAUAUUAAUGGAGCCAAACAACUCUUGGCUCAAGGAGAAACCUGGUCACCACCGGGGAAUAAAUGUGAACAUUACACCUGUGUCAAGAAUGGUGAGACUUUAACAGCAAGCCAUUCACAGACUGUCUGCCCACCAUUCCAAGAGAGCAACUGCCAACCUGACACAAUUCAAACUUCAGCAAACGGCUGUUGCAAAAUUUGUGAGGAGAAGGAGAAGGGAUGCAAGUUAAUGUCCAUGAAAACCCAUAUUACAGUCAACGGUUGUCAGUCUGCCCAGGAGGUAGAGAUGCCAUAUUGUGAAGGAUCCUGCAACACUUACACCAUGUACUCUAAAGCAGCAGCAGCGAUGGAGCAUUCCUGCUCAUGCUGUAAGGAGAUAAACUUCAGCAAUCGCACUGUUGACCUGGUCUGCCUGAAUGGAGACACGGUCCCCUACACAUACAUGUAUGUGGAGCAGUGUGGUUGUACCAAGACGGACUGUACCAGAGCUGCUGAACAUCAUGAUCGCAGGAAGAGAAGCUUCACACUGCUGUGA